AUGGCAAGCAAAACUCCCAGUCUUGACAGCCGAAAGCAGUGGCAUCAGCUGCGACGUCGCAGACUGCUCCGCCGCCUUGCAGAAGAUGGAGAUAGCAGAGCGGCGAAGGACGAGUCUCAACUGCCGCCACUAAAAUGUCGACGACACGUUGCGUCCUCAAUCAAGAUUCUUGAUGAAAUUGCUACCGGACUUGCAAAGGAAAAGGAGGAGAUGGUCAGGAACGCAAAGGAACGCGAUGCUCUGUCUGAGCGAGGAAAUAAUGCCCGAGAGGUGGAACGAGCAGUGACGCUGAGGCGGCAACUGAACAAAUGGAUUGAUCGGACUGAGAAGUUAUGUGAGCAGAGCAACCAAAAGGCUCAGGAGGCCAAGGCCAAAAUGCAUGAGCUGCGGGCGAUUCGCCGAAAGCUGACUGAGGAGCAUACGGAGAAGAGCAAAGAAAUGGAGCGUUUAGACAUUUUGGGGGCCCAAAUGGAAAAGACAAGCAUAUCUUGCAGAGGUUCUACGCAGAGGCGGAAAGGAGAGGCCACGCAGCAGGGCUAG